AUGAGGUUCCCAUGGUCUAAACCAGCGGAGACGGACAUAUCUGCCGUUCCUCCAACGCCGACUGACGCGGCGUUAGUAUCGGCAUCCCCAGAUCCCAGCCCAAAAUCGCCGGCGCAAGACAGCCAUCCGGUAUUGGUAUCAAGCGACAUUAUUGAUUCCGAGAAAAUUGAGGUGGAAGCAAAUAUAACAGCACAACAACAGCAAGACGAACCCGUGAAUCCUCUUAAUAAUAGCAAUCCCACGGCCGAGCAGCAUCCGACCGAGAAGAGCGACGCGAACCACGACUUGACUCGCACAGUGUCUGCUGCCACCGAAGCCAGCGACGGCGGAGCGCCAGGGGAAGACGAUGAAUCAAAGUACAUCACGGGCUUGCCGCUGCAUCUGCUGACGGUUGGGUUGACUCUGUCGACUUUUGUGAUUGCUCUGGACAACACCAUCAUCGCGACAGCCAUUCCGAAAAUCACCACGGUGUUCAACUCCCUCAACGACGUGGGCUGGUAUGGCUCGUCAUAUCUCCUGACGACUACCUCUCUGCAACCAUCGUUCGGCAAAGUGUAUACCUACUUCAACGUGAAGUGGACGUACAUGCUAGCCCUGGUCAUCUUCGAGCUCGGCUCCGUGUUAUGUGGCGCCGCGGUCAAUUCGACAAUGUUGAUCGUCGGCCGAGCCGUGGCGGGCGCGGGAGCAGCAGCCCUGUUCUCCGGUGGCAUGACGAUCGUGGCGUAUUCGGUCCCCCUGCGCAAGAGACCGAUAUAUAUUGGUCUCCUGAGUUCCAUGUUCGGCAUCGCCUCUGUCGUGGGACCCAUCCUGGGAGGCGCGUUUACUGACCGUGUAUCAUGGCGAUGGUGCUUCUACAUCAAUCUUCCCAUCGGCGCCAUUGCCAUCGCCGCGGUUUUCUUCUUCUUCAAGAACCCGGAGCGCAAACAUAGCAACUUGACGACAAAACAGAAGAUAGGCCAGAUCGACCUGCUCGGCGCUUUUUUUCUUAUCUGCGCCAUCGUCUGCCUUCUCCUGGCUCUGCAGUGGGGCGGCACCACCUAUGCAUGGUCCAACUCCAAAGUCUGGGGCUGCCUGCUGGGGUUUGGCCUGCUCAUCCUCGUCUUCACAGGCAUCCAGAUCCACAAAGGCGAGCUGGCGACGCUGCCGCCCCGCAUCAUGCUGCGGCAACGGACCGUCUUCGUGUGCGCCUUCUUCUCGGCUUUCCUGGCCAUGGGCCUGUACACCCACAUCUUCUAUCUGCCAUUCUACUUCCAAGCCGUCAAGGGCACCACCGCAGAGGGGUCCGGCAUCCGCACCAUCCCGUACUUGGUCAGCACCACGAUCUCGUCGAUCGUCGUCGGCGCAAGCAUCACCAUCCUCGGCCCGUACGUCCCAUUCACGUGGGUUGGGUCGGCCGUCUUCGCCAUCGGUUCCGGUCUGUUGUACACGCUGAAGGUCGACUCGUCGACGGGCACCUGGAUCGGAUAUCAAAUCCUCACCGGGGCCGGCGCGGGUGCAUGCGUCCAAGUUCCGUUCAUUGCUGUGCAGGUGGUGCUGGGCAAGAAGGACAUGCCCGUGGGAAACGCGGUUGCCAUCUUCUUCAAUUCUCUCGGAGGGGCCAUUUCCAUCUCCAUCGCGCAGAACAUCUUCUCCAACGGCCUGGUCAAGCAGAUCCCCAAAUAUACCGAUGGCGUGGAUCCCCAAGUCAUCAUCGCCGCGGGCGCCACGCAUAUCCGCGAAGUCACUCCGCCGUCACAAUUGGCCGGCGUGCUGUAUGCGUACAACAUUGCAGUGACGAACUCGUAUAUUCUGGCCAUAGCAUGUGCCGUACUGGCGUUCCUGUUCUCGUUGGGCUUCGAGUGGAAGAGUGUCAAGGGCAAAAAGCUCGAAAUGGGCGGCGCGGCAUGA